AUGGAUUCCCAAACCAGGAGGCGAGGGUCGCGGGAGGAUUCGGUUUGUGACGGUUCGGUUGAUGGAGGUUUUCCCCGUGUUCUGAUGGUAGGGUCGGGUAGCUCGGAAUCACUAACUGAACUUGGCCCUUUCAUUGUGGAAGGGCGGCUUUCAGCUUUGGUUGGUGCGCCUGAAUCUGUCGGGAGGCUCCGCAAUGGUGGGCUCUUGGUGGAGGUGGAGCGAGGGCAACAAGCGGAAGGUGUUUUGAGGUGCGCGGCCUUCUUCAGUAUCGAAUGUGCUGACCUUGCUGGAGUGGCGGAGAAUGGUAUUGCUGAAGAGUUGGGGUCGCAGCAGGUUUCAAGAGAUGGUGGUAGGGUGCCAACGAGUAGCCUUGUGGUUGCAUUCUCUACACCCAUGCUUCCAUCAUCGAUUCGAGUGGGUUGCCUUGGGGUUCGCGUUGUGGUUUGCAUUCCGAACCCAUUGCGGUGUUGCAAGUGCUUCAGGUUUGGUCAUCAUGAAUCGGGUUGUGCAAGGCGGACUAUUUGCCGCAGAUGCAGUUCGGACCAUGACAGGAAUGAGACUUGUGGCGUUCCUGUUGGGUGUGCCGGCUGUGGAGGAGGGCGUUGCGCCACCUCCCGGUCGUGCCCCUUGUGGUUGGAGGAGGGGGGGAUUCUACGUCAGAAGUGUACGCGGGAUGUUUCCUUUCAAGAUGCACGAGGGCUUGUUGAAUCACAAGGACCGGAACAAUGUCGUUUUUGGGCUGGGGUUGGGAGGGUUUUUUGGGAGGGUUGA